UAAGCCACACACAGCUACAGCUUCCUGCCUACAGUCUGCAGUCAGUCUGCUCUAUUUUACUUAUGAAGCGGCUGGAAAACCAAGUGGUUAUCCGAUUCUGAAGAAAUCGUCAGAGGAAAAAAAACAACCAGCAAGGCAGCUAGGUUUUUAUAAGAUGUCAGCUGUCACUAACACAUUUGAAAAUGUGAAAGCAGUUAUCUUGUCAGCCCAUAAAAGCACUACAGUAAGAGAAAAGGUCAACUUCUACAACUCCUGGGCAGAGAACUAUGAUCAGGAUGUGGCUGUUCUGGACUACCGUGCGCCAAGUCUGGCAGCAAACAGCAUCUCCUCCAAUUUCAGAGGUGACCGUGAAGCAGCUGUUGUGUUGGAUGUAGCUUGUGGCACAGGACUGGUGGCCAAACAGCUGAAGAGACAUGGAUUUACACAAUUUGUGGGUAUUGAUGGAAGCGAGGCUAUGUUGGAUUUGGCCAGAGAGAGCGGGUUGUACCAGGACGUGAAGCAGUCCAUGCUGGGCGAGGAGCCACUACCUGUCCAGUGGGCAGGUUCAUUUGAUGUGGCUGUGAUCGUUGGAGCACUGAGUGUUGGGCAGGUCCCAGUGGGUGUGGUCAGAGAGUUGUGCAAAUCCACUAAACCAGGUGGCUACGUUUGCAUGACAACCAGAAGUAACCGUGACAAUCUGGAAUACAAAGGCACCCUGGAGCAUGAGCUGAAGCAGAUGGAGGAAGAGGGACUUUGGAGUUGUGUAGAGGUCACUGAGGUGGAAGAGUGGGAGAAGGCAGUGUCAGAGCAGGAGGAUGGCUACAUAUCUGGCACCGUGUACCUCUAUAAGAAAUUAUAACUAUAGCAGAGCGCCCAACAAUGAAGAUGUGUUUCUGUACCAGCGAAGGUACAAAACAAAAUUAUUCUGAAAUAUACAAAAUAUUCAAAUAACGCACAAUUCACUCCACAAAGAAAGUGUGAGGAUUUUGUGACAUCAGUCUCUUACAGACCCAAAGCUGAAGAUGUGAAACUUCUAUCAGGGAUAAUGUAAAGUUAAGACUUUAAGAAUUUUCAACAAUAUCCAUGUUACAUGCAUAAGCAAGUCCGGUACAAUUGUACACUUUGUGAACCACUUCAGAUUUCUACAGAUGUACGGUGUCUUGUAGUUUUACAGUGAAGUCCACCUAGUAGAAACUAAUUGCAUAGACAAGAGAACUGUGUGAUAAAUGGAGAUGUAACUUAUGACUGUUUCUAGUGCAUUAAAAUCUGCUGCACAUUAAUCAAACAAACAGCCUAGUUAAUGAGUAUGAAAAAGAAUCAAGCAUUUUGUAAGUUAGCACAGAGAUUCAGAUAAUGACGUGUCACUUAAAUCUCAUUUUCAAUUUAAAGCAGUUUAUUUUAGCAUUGCUGGAAAAGUAAUUUUAAAAUGUUGCUUUGUUGUUUGCACAAAAUGUAAUUGUAUCCUUGUAGUGAGGAGACACGGGAGGUACUUGUUGGCAAAUAUUCUGGCUAUAAAAAAGUGUAACAACAAGAGUUGUUUUUCCAUUUUCUUAGGGCACCAGUCAGCAACUAUUUGUCUGCUGUGGUCACUGAAUAUUGCAGCAACCUGUCUGUCUUAUGCUGAAACUCGCAUCUACUGAAAUCUGGUCCACUAUGUUUAUCACAAUAGUAAUUUACUGUACUACCAGCCAUAAAAGGAGCUGUGUGUUACAUCCAUCUUGUUGUCAGAAUCCGCUCCAUAUUCAGCAAGGGCAUGGCUCUAAACUGCUUAAUCCUGAUAGAGUAUAUAGGGUAGAUUCUUGUGAAUCUUUAGUAAAGAUUCCUUGGAACUGAAGCAUCCUUAUCUGUAAGGUUGAUCAUCCUCCAUGCUACCUUCUGCAGCUUUCACAGUCGUCUC